AACUGAAGGCUAAACAAAUUAUUGAAUUCUAAGUAAAAUAUUUGAUCAAACCUAUUAUAUAUCUUUAUAGAUGAAAUAUAUAAAUCUUAGCACCAACCUAAUAGAACACUUCCAAGGCCUGCAUUGAAAUCAAAGAGAUCGAGAGGAAUCGAGGAUGGAUGGCAAGACUAUUGUAGCCAGCGUAGUUGUAGGAAUUUUGGGGUUGCUAUCUACGGGUGUCGGUCUUGCUUUCGAGCUCUUGCCUUUUAAUGCUCAGGCUCGUUUGUUUUACCUAUCUUACGAUAGUUACGAAUGCCUAUAUUUUCGAAGUGCGGCGUUUUUCAUGGUGGUUGGUGCAAUAGUUUGUGUGAUAGUGGCACUAAUUGUAAUUAGCAUUUCAGCUGAUUGUGGGUGUGGUAGAGGAACUCAUUCAUCCUCCGGCUCUAGAGCGCUAGCCAUUCUUGCCUUUGUCUUCUGUUGGUUGAAAUGUGUAACAGCAAUUAUCUUGUUUCUGUAUGGUGGAGCUACGCAGUACGGAUUACAAAUCUCUAAGAACGGAGGGAGUAUAUCAUUCGAAGAUGUCUCGGACAGGAUAUCACCUGACAACCGUACUUGCUUCAUCAAGUUAAAACGUGGAGUAUUUGGUGCAGCAGCUGCAUUAACCUUUAUUGGAAUCACCCUUGGAAUUAUAAGUUACAUUGCUUUAGUUUCUGAAGAUUAUAGAAUUAGAAGAGCAAAUCAAGCCAUAAGAAGGGAAACCACAAUUCAGCAACAACAACAACAACAACAACAACAACAACAACAACAAACAUCUGUAUCCAACGACAACAGAGUCCCAAGCGAGAUUGUAGCUUAAAUGCUUAAGUAAUCUAUCAAUACUCUACUCCUCGAUCCAUUCCUAUAUAUAUUUUGCCUUUCGUAGUAUUUCGAAAGUAUUUUAAUGUAUUAUAUAAAAUUUUAUCACUUUGCA